CUGCACGGCCCGCCUCGAACCGGGCCGACACUCCUCAUCUUCCCCGGUUCGGCACUUCGGCUCGUCCUCCUCGCGGCGAAACCCUAGCCCGCCCCCCAUGGACGAUCCCUCCUCCGCCUCCAACAAGCACAAGCGCAAGCGGGGGCGCAAGCCCAAGGCGUCGCCGCCCUUCCCCGACCGCUCCUCCCCCUCUCCCUCGGCCGCCCCCGCUCCGGCUGGGCGUCGUGGCCGCAAGCCGCGACGUCACGAGGCCCCCGCCGACGCGGACGCCACGCGUCCGCCGUCCCCGCCCCGCCGCGGGGAGCCGAAGCCGGUGGCAAACGGAGGCGAUGUGGUGGCAGUGGCGGAGUCAGGCCCCGCGAGCUGGGAUGAGGUGGUGAGGGUAGUGCCGUGCAUGGACGCUGUGGUCAAGGUGUUCUGCGUGCACACGGAGCCCAACUUCUCGCUGCCGUGGCAGCGGAAGCGGCAGUACAGCUCCAGCAGCAGCGGAUUUAUCAUCGGCGGCCGCCGUGUCCUCACCAAUGCUCACUCCGUGGAGCACUAUACCCAGGUUAAGCUUAAGAAGCGCGGCUCCGACACCAAGUACCUUGCCACCGUCCUGGCCAUCGGCACAGAGUGCGACAUUGCGCUCUUAACUGUCAAUGACGAUGAAUUCUGGGAAGGAGUUUCACCUGUUGAGUUUGGAACAUUACCAGCCCUUCAGGAUGCAGUUACUGUUGUUGGUUAUCCAAUUGGAGGAGAUACCAUAUCCGUGACAAGUGGAGUGGUCUCUAGGAUAGAAAUACUUUCAUACGUUCAUGGUUCUACAGAACUUCUAGGAUUGCAGAUAGAUGCAGCUAUUAAUUCAGGAAAUUCAGGUGGCCCAGCUUUUAAUGAUAGGGGAAAAUGUGUCGGUAUAGCUUUUCAGUCUCUUAAACAUGAAGAUGCGGAGAACAUAGGUUAUGUGAUACCGACUCCAGUUAUUACACAUUUCAUUGAGGACUACAAAAAAUCUGGAGAAUACACAGGCUUUCCUAUACUUGGAGUUGAAUGGCAGAAAAUGGAGAAUCCAGAUCUCCGCAAAGCAAUGGGAAUGAAACCAGAUCAAAAGGGUGUUCGUGUUAGAAGGGUGGAGCCCACUGCUCCAGAAUCUGGAUGCCUACGACCAUCUGAUAUUAUUCUUAGUUUCGACGGUGUUGACAUUGCUAAUGAUGGAACAGUUCCUUUCAGGCAUGGUGAGCGCAUUGGCUUCAGUUAUCUGGUUUCUCAGAAAUAUACUGGAGAGAAAGCUCUUGUUAAAGUUCUGCGUGAUUCAAAAGUUCAUGAAUUUAAAAUAAGGUUAGCAACUCACAAGCGGCUUGUUGCGGCUCAUGUGAAGGGCAGGCCACCGUCAUAUUACAUAGUUGCUGGCUUUGUUUUUGCAGCUAUCUCUGUUCCAUAUCUUCGAUCCGAGUAUGGAAAAGAUUAUGAAUAUGAUGCACCUGUCAAGUUGUUGGUGAAACAUUUACAUGCGAUGGCGGAAUCACCUGAUGAACAGCUAGUGGUGGUAUCACAGGUGCUUGUAUCAGAUAUCAAUAUAGGUUAUGAAGAAAUAGUCAAUACUCAGGUACUUGCUUUCAAUGGCCAGCCUGUUAAAAAUUUAAAGAACUUGGCGACCAUGGUGGAAAAUUGCAAGGAUGAAUUUUUGAAGUUUGAUCUGGAGUAUGACCAGAUUGUUGUCCUCGAGACGAAAACUGCAAAGGCUGCUACCCAGGACAUUCUGACGACGCACUGUAUACCUUCUGCAACGUCGGAUGACCUUAAGGCCUAGUGGGAGGAGAAGGGAGCAUGACGCAGCCCUGGGCCUGAGCCAGGGCCAUCAGGUGGGCCAAUAGUUUGGGCCACAAUUUCGGCUGAAUUGAUUAGCGCAGCGUACGAUCCGUGAUGAAGAGGAACCCCAAUGUUUAUCUGUUUAAGUUAAAUAUCUUUUGAGGGGUUGUGGAUGUGAGAGUGCUGGCUGGUGUCUAAAGCUCCGCCAUUAUAGAAGGUUUGAGGGACUGUCACUGUCAGAUAACAAUAAACUGGAGUUGUUACAGACAGAGUCAUCGUGAAAACGAUAGUGUCUAGUAAGAAGCUGAGUUUGUUUUUUCUUUACAUGAUUUCAUUACAACUACACCAAAUUAUUGACGGGGAAAGGAAUC